ACUACCGUUUCCACAGCGCCACUUGGCGGUCGGCGGAGGAACCGCAGCGGAGGACCGUGAAUCGGACGUCGUUGUCGCUGCAUCCAUCUUCGCCUGUUCCCUCCUCUCCGGUUCAGUCGUUUGCCACCACGUUAUUUGGUCGAUUUUCAAGGUUUGAUUCGCGUUUUUCCUCCUCUCUGAUGGCGUCUAACGAUUAUUCCCAACCGUCCAGCCAGGGCUAUGGCUCCUACGGUGGAGGUGGAGGUGGAGGUGGAGGUGGAGGAGCUAACCAGGGCUACGGUCAGUCCUCUGGGCAGAGCUACAGCCAGCAGGGUUACGGCGGCUACAACCAGAGCUCUGACAGCAGCCCCGGUUCCUACAACCAGGGAGGUUAUGGCAGCUACGGUCAACCACAGUCAGGAGGUUACGGAUCUCCACCCUCCAACCAGGGUGGUGGUGGAGGCUACAAUCACUCCAGUCAGUCCUACAGCUCUGGAGGAUACAACAGCAGCAACCAGCCGUCCAACAUGAGCUACAACCAGCAGUCGUCUUUCUCUGGUUACAGCCAGCAGCAGCCUCCAUCUUCAUCCUCUGCAGGUUAUGAAGGUAACUCUCCAGCCUCUGGCUACAGUCAGCCACCAAGCAGUGGGCAGAGCGGUGGAGGUUACGGCAGCAGUGGAGGUCAGCCUGGAGGUUAUGGAGGCAGCGGGAGCCACCAGCCACCAUCUCAGCAUGGAGGAGGUCACUACAACCAGCCGCCGUGCUACAACUCCCCUCCUUUAUCGAGCUACAGCCAGCAGAGCCCAUAUGGUCAGAGUGGAGGAUAUGGAGACGACAGCCCUCCGACGAGCGGAGGAGGAGGAGGUUAUGGAGGUCCUGACGGAGGUUACGGAGGUCAGGACGGUCGCGGUGGACGAGGACGUGGAGGUGCGUUUGGAGGUCGCGGUGGAGGCGGGUACGAUCGCGGUUUUGACCGAGGUGGCCGAGGAGGACCAAGAGGAAGAGGAGGGAUGGGAAUGGGCGAUCGAGGAGGAUUCAAUAAGUUUGGUGGACCAAGAGACCCGGGACAUGGACAUGGAGGCCCCGGCUUCAUGCCAGACCAGGAUAACUCUGAUAAUAACACCAUCUUUGUACAAGGCCUGGGAGACGACUACACUGUUGAAUCAGUCGCUGACUUCUUUAAGCAGAUUGGAAUCAUCAAGGUGAACAAGAAGACCGGCCUGCCCAUGAUCAACCUGUACACCGACAGAGAGACGGGAAAGCUGAAGGGGGAGGCCACGGUUUCCUUUGAUGAUCCUCCAUCAGCUAAAGCUGCCAUCGACUGGUUUGAUGGUAAAGACUUCAACGGAAACCCGAUCAAGGUGUCCUUCGCCACCCGCAGAGCCGAUUUUGGAGGUCGAGGUGGGAUGAGAGGAGGACGAGGACGAGGAGGGCCGAUGGGUCGUGGAGGAUUCGGAGGAAGUCGAGGUGGAGGUGGUGGUGGAGGUUUCCCAGGAGGCAAUGGGGGCAGUGGAGGAGGAGGAGGAGGAGGGGGGCAGCAGAGAGCUGGAGACUGGAAGUGUUCAAACCCCAACUGUGGCAACCUGAACUUCUCGUGGCGUAACGAGUGUAACCAGUGUAAGGCUCCUAAACCUGAGGACGCCGGUGGGAUGCCCCCCAUGGACAGAGGAGGUUACGGAGGAGAUCGCAGGGGAGGGUUUGAUCGCGGCGGCUUCAGGGGCCGGGGAGGCGACAGAGGAGGCGACAGAGGAGGCGACAGAGGAGGCUUCAGAGGAGGCCGAGGAGGCGACCGGGGAGGAUACGGACCUGGAAAGAUGGAUGCAAGGGGCGACCGUCGUCAGGAGCGUCGAGGUCGACCGUACUGAAGCUUCCUCCAGUGUGAGCUCAACAUCUCCUUUUAUAAAACUGAUUCAGUUCGUAGACAAACGUGACUCUUUCUGUUUGGGUGUUUGUGACUGUUUUCUGCUGGACGAGGCCUCGUUCAGAAAAACUAAUUCUCCAUUUAAAGACAAAAACAAAGUACACAUAAGAGAGAUUUUAGCCGGACCUGCAGCAAGAAACACGUCAAUAAAGUAAUGUGUGUAUUUUGUUGCAGGAAAAACAAGUUUGUGGUUCAAACAAAACCUCCUUUGUCACACUGGUGAGCUCUAUUGUGAGGUUUAGGAGUAUUUUGCUUCUAUAACAUGUCAAAAACACACAUUGAGGUGUUUAUUUUACUGCAUUUUGUCUGUUUGCAUCUGUAGGUUUUAUUUAUAUUAUAUAUCUUUCAAUGCUAUUUUCUCAUAUGCGACACUUCCUGUUUACAUUCUGAAGGUUUUUACACACAUGUCAUUCACAGCCUGAUUUACAGAACAUUCUACGACUAGAAAUAUGGAACAAUAGUUUUUUUUGUAUUGACAAAAUGUGUUUGAUAAAAACAACUUUCCCAAAUCACUUCUGUAUAAACCUAUGAUUCUACUAUGUCAACAAAAUGAAACAAAUGUAGAGUUGUGAAGCUGAUUUAUCUCAUGUUGGCAUUUCUGUUCUGGAAAUUAAUGCAAAAUUACCACAUGGUUAUUGAGAUAUUGAGAAAAUGCCUCAUUUUAUGUUGAAACAUAAAAACACUGUAAAAAAAAUUAUGUCUUCAAAUGGAAUUUUCUCAAAAUUAGGUUUGUGAUUUAACAAAUGUUUCGAUUUCUGCAUCAACUGAGAACAUUUUAAUGGUGACAUCUCUGAAUUGUAACGUAUGAAACAUCAUCUUACAUCAGUAAUCUGUUUGUCAAAGCGAAUCUGUGCGCUUCAGAAAGUAAAGUGUGAAUAUUACAAGUCAAAUUCUCUAAUUUCUAGCUGAUUCUUCUUCAGGCGAGAAGGAUUAAGAGGAUUAUGUUACCUUCAGCAGCUUUCGUUCUCAGUCAUUUUUUUUCCACUUAAACUACAGAACUGGUUCAUAUUUCCACAUUACUGCUGCACUUAAUGAACAGAUGACUGUGGCUAUCAGUUUAAGUGCUUUAAACAUUUUCAGUACAAGGUUUUGUCACAUGGAGACUGUAAAACCUGUCUGGUGGCUCUUUAUGCUGCCAGACUCCUUUGUUAGUGUUGGUUAGUCGUGUUACAGCAGAGUGGUGAAGGUGAUGGAGGUCAGAGCAGCUUUACUGUAAAUCACAGCCAGUUUAAUGAGAUUGUUUGGACAAGAAUGUACCAAAAAAAAGACACUGUCAUGUCAAAGUGAAACAGAUUUCAACUAAAUAUGAAACAUAAAAUAAGCAUUUGACUCAAAUAAUUCCCUACCUGUGCAGCCAGCUGGUGCUAGAAAUCAUUUUAUUCCAGAGGAGUCAUAACUGUCUUGGUGGCCUCAAACUCCUAACAAGUUAGUUAAAUUUGAGUACUUAGAUUGCAUAAUUUUUAAAGAAAAUAAAAGUCUAAAUUCUCUGAUUGCAGCUUCUGAAAUGUGAAUAUUUUCUGGUUUCAUUCCAUUAAGACAAACUGAGAAUCUUUGUGAAGAAAACAACACAUUCGUCAUGUUGGACCAACAUUUUUUAAAAGUUUUCCAAACCCGUAAUUAUUAAUCCAAAAAAUCAAAUUAAUCGACUUUACCAAUAAUAGUUAAUUGCAGCUUCUGUGGAUAAAAUUUGUCCUAAAAUGAAUCGGAACAGUUUGAUUUUCCUGAUGAUCAAACUUUCUAAAGAAACAAAUCUGAUCUGAAAUUGAAACCACUGAGGAUCAAGUCGCUGCUUUAUGUCUUUGUGUUUUUUCCAGUAGCAUUAAAGACUUUCUCAUCACUGACUUGUUUCUGAGGAACUCGUUGGACUCGAGCCACCAGAAAACAAUAAAAGCUGAUGCCAGCAGUAACCUGGACCCGUCUUGUAAAGGAGGCCUCGUCCAUGCAGCUGUAUUUAAAGUGUUUUUGUUGGACUGUCUAUUUAUUACUCCUGAGUUGUUUUUGUAUUGUGCUUGUACUGGUUUCCAAAUGAAAAUGUUGUAAAAUGAAAUCGA